CACACGUGACCGCGGCACACGUGACUGCCCAGCGCCACGUGACGCGGGCCCGGAGAGCGGCGGAGCGGGACGGGAGCGGUGCACAGCCAUGGUGUCCAAAAAGCAGCUGGCAGACUUUGGCUACAAGGCCUUCUCGGGCUCCAUGAUGCUGCUGACGGUGUACGCCGGCUACCUGUGCAGUGUGCGUGUGCAGAGGAUGCUCCAGCACCGCCGCCAGCGGGAGAACGCGCCCGGGCCCGAGAGCUGAGCCCGAGCUGGGACCGGCACCGGAGCUGGGACUGGCCCUGGGACCAGCUCCUGGAGCUGGGACUGGCCCUGGGACUGGCACCAGGAGCUGGGACUGGGAGCUGGGACCGGGAGCUGGGACCAGCCCUGGGACCAGCCCCACCUUCCCGCUCCCCCCUGGGCUGGGGGAGGCAGAUGGAGUGCAAUAAAGCCCGUGUCAGAGUG